UCUUCUUCUUCUUCACACACUCUCUCUCUCUCACUCUAGUUUUCUCUCUCUUCACUCUUACCAUAAAUCACACAAACAAAAUAAAAAGUCGAUUCCUUUUUUGUUUUUUUUAUCUUCUCCUUAAGUUAUAUUUUUUUUUUUUUGCUUUACAGCUCAAAUUAGUCAUCUUCUUCUUCCUCUGUCUCAAUUCUUCCUCCUCUCGGAUCCAUUUUUAGAGGUUCUUAUAAUUCUUACUAAUUCUGUUUGCUUUUAAAGCUAUAACCUUUGAUAUUGUUGGAAAGAGUGGGGUUUUGGGUCUUUUGCUGAAUCGUUUUUUGGAUUUGUUAUAUUGUUCGAAUCUUCAGUUGUUAUUGUGUUAUAGGAUUGGAUGGUAUCUGGGAAUUUCGUAAUCUAUGUUAAGCUAGAGCUGUUUUUGAGCUCUUUUGUUGAUGAUGAUUUUGAGAUUGUUGGCCGAAUUUAGCUCUCGUUUUCUGAUUUUAGCAAUUGGAAAGUGUGUAUUGGUUCUUGUGAGGCAAUUUCACUGUUUUGAGUACUCAAAAUGUAGAUGAGAGCAUGCAUAAGUUGUGUGGAGACUGAGCUUAAUGUGUAGUGUAAUUGACAAUUAGUUUUGUGGGCUUUCCUUUGUUUUUCAGGAGUCUAGUUUCUUACUUGAACAUAGACAUGGAAUCAACUAAUAACUGACAACCAAGAGGCUGUUCUUUUCAAAUGAUUGGUAGUAGUUAUAUUAUGCUUGGACAGUGCCAUGAUGGGCAUCUGUGAGAUGAAAAGCUGCUGCUCAUGGCUUCUUUUGAUCUCGUUGCUUUGCUCACUAUCUAAUGAAAGUCAAGCGAUUAGUCCUGACGGCGAGGCGCUUCUGAGCUUCAGAAAUGCAGUUACUAGAUCAGAUAGUUUCAUCCAUCAGUGGAGACCGGAAGAUCCAGAUCCAUGUAACUGGAACGGAGUGACAUGUGAUGCAAAAACGAAAAGAGUUAUAACCUUGAAUCUUACUUAUCACAAAAUAAUGGGACCUUUACCUCCUGAUAUUGGAAAGUUGGACCAUUUAAGGCUUUUAAUGCUUCACAACAAUGCUUUAUAUGGAGCAAUACCUACAGCAUUGGGAAAUUGCACAGCAUUGGAGGAAAUUCACUUGCAGAGUAACUACUUCACUGGACCAAUCCCAGCUGAAAUGGGAGACCUGCCUGGCCUUCAAAAGCUGGACAUGUCAAGCAACACUCUCAGUGGACCUAUCCCUGCUUCGCUUGGGCAGUUAAAAAAGCUUAGUAACUUCAAUGUCUCGAACAACUUCCUGGUGGGGCAAAUACCUUCAGACGGAGUGCUCUCUGGAUUUUCUAAGAACUCCUUCAUUGGAAAUCUUAACUUGUGUGGAAAGCAUGUUGAUGUCGUGUGCCAAGAUGAUAGUGGAAACCCUUCAUCACAUUCUCAAUCAGGUCAAAAUCAAAAGAAAAACUCUGGUAAGCUGCUGAUUAGCGCAUCAGCAACUGUAGGUGCGCUACUCCUAGUUGCACUCAUGUGUUUCUGGGGAUGCUUUCUAUAUAAAAAGCUCGGUAAAGUCGAGAUUAAAAGCCUUGCAAAGGAUGUUGGUGGAGGUGCGUCUAUUGUGAUGUUCCACGGAGAUUUACCUUACUCUUCCAAAGAUAUCAUUAAGAAGCUGGAAAUGUUGAAUGAAGAGCACAUAAUUGGAUGUGGAGGCUUUGGAACGGUGUAUAAGCUGGCCAUGGAUGAUGGCAAAGUCUUUGCAUUGAAGAGAAUUCUAAAGUUAAACGAAGGGUUUGAUCGGUUUUUUGAGCGGGAGCUUGAGAUUCUUGGGAGCAUCAAACACCGAUACCUCGUGAAUCUACGUGGAUAUUGCAAUUCACCAACAUCAAAGCUACUGUUAUAUGAUUACUUGCCCGGUGGUAGCCUUGAUGAAGCACUUCAUGUAGAGAGAGGCGAGCAAUUGGACUGGGAUUCACGCGUAAAUAUCAUCAUAGGAGCUGCGAAAGGGUUAUCAUAUUUGCAUCAUGAUUGUUCUCCUCGGAUUAUACAUCGUGAUAUAAAGUCGAGCAACAUUUUGCUUGAUGGCAAUCUCGAGGCACGGGUAUCGGAUUUUGGUCUAGCCAAGUUGUUGGAAGACGAAGAAUCUCAUAUCACAACCAUUGUUGCAGGCACAUUUGGGUACCUAGCUCCAGAAUAUAUGCAAAGUGGUAGAGCAACUGAGAAAACCGAUGUAUACAGUUUUGGGGUUUUGGUUCUUGAAGUCUUGAGUGGGAAAAGACCAACCGAUGCUUCCUUCAUCGAGAAAGGCCUUAACGUUGUUGGUUGGCUAAAGUUCUUAAUCAGCGAAAAACGGCCAAGGGAUAUUGUUGAUCCAAACUGUGAAGGAAUGCAGAUGGAGAGCCUUGACGCUCUACUAUCAAUAGCAACACAGUGUGUGUCUCCGAGUCCAGAAGAGCGUCCAACGAUGCAUCGGGUUGUCCAGUUACUUGAAUCAGAGGUCAUGACUCCUUGUCCCAGCGAAUUUUAUGAUUCCAGCUCUGAUUAAUUGCAUAAACCCACCAGUCGAAACCUCGAGAAAAAAAGUAAACCGAGUCCGGUUUCCCGGGGAAAGCCUUCAAAUGCUAUUCGAUUUCCGUUUUUGCUCCCCGAGAAAACCUGCAAAUACCAACGAAGAGCCAUAAUUUUCCAGUUAAUGGAACAGAGUCUUUGUGUUGUGUUGCCAUUUACUUUGCCCCUCCAGUUUUACCAGAUUCGAGCCAUUCAUUUUCAGCCCUUUCUCUUUUUGUUCUGAUUUUUGGUAUAAAAACUUUUAUUUGAACAUGAAAUUGAAUUGUAUAGUUGUGACCUUUGUAGAAAAACUACUCUCUGCCUUUAUGUUCUUUUGAAAUAAUCCAUGUUCCUUCAUCUUCUUCUUCUUCAGUCUCAAUCAAUCCUGAUUCAGUUA